AACGGACUCGACAAGAGCCAACUCAAACGAGAGUUGGGAUAAGGCCUCCGUCUUUCUCUCUCUGUCACUCUCUCACUUCUCUCGACCGCAAACUCGCUCUCAGCCAUGACGGCGAUCUCCACGGCUUUGGCGACCUCCUUCUUCGGUCUUGCGAGGCGGCAGGUGGCCGCGGCCCCGGCCCAUCGCCGCCAAGCCCCGCUCCUCCCCCUCCCCUACCGUGGGAAGCCCGCUGCCGUCUCCGCUCGCUCCUAUACCAUCGUGGCCAAGCGAACCGGCGGAAUCGGGUUCGGACGGCUCAGGGUUUCGCGGAGGUCGGGUUCGUGCGCCCGCCGGUUCGUUGCGUCCGCCGCCACGGCGGAGGAGGGCUCCGACGUUCUGACGAAGAUUCCACCGGACGAACGCAUUCCAGCCACCAUCAUCACUGGGUUCCUCGGUUCUGGGAAGACAACUUUGCUAAACCAUAUAUUGACUGCUGACCAUGGAAAACGCAUAGCAGUUAUUGAGAAUGAGUUUGGGGAAGUUGAUAUUGAUGGUUCCCUGGUUGCUGCUAAAACUACUGGAGCUGAGGAUAUAGUUAUGCUCAAUAAUGGUUGUCUUUGCUGCACUGUGAGGGGCGAUCUUGUCCGAAUGAUUAGUGAAUUAGUUGAAAAGAAGAAAGGAAAAUUUGAUCAUAUUGUAAUAGAGACUACAGGGUUAGCCAAUCCAGCGCCUAUUAUUCAGACAUUUUAUGCAGAGGAUAAGAUUUUCAAUGAUGUCAAACUGGAUGGCGUUGUUACUUUGGUUGAUGCAAAGCAUGCAGGCUUUCAUUUGGAUGAGGUAAAGCCCAAAGGUGUGGUGAAUGAGGCUGUUGAGCAGAUUGCAUAUGCUGACAGAAUUAUAGUGAACAAGACUGAUCUUGUAGGUGAUUCUGAGAUCUCUUCACUGAUCCAGCGGAUAAAGAAUAUGAAUCGCAUGGCUCAUUUAAAGCGAGCAGAGUAUGGACAAGUUGAUUUGGAUUAUGUUCUUGGGAUUGGAGGCUUUGAUUUGGAGAGGAUUGAGAGUGUUGUUAAUCCUGAAGCUUCAGGCGAAGACCACUCAAAGCAUGAUCAUGAUCACCAUCAUGACCAUCAUCAUCAUGAUGACCAUGACCAUAAACAUGAGCAUCAUGCUGAUUCCCAUUCUCAUGAUCAUAGCCAUGACCCUGGUGUUUCUUCUGUAAGCAUCGUUUGUGAAGGGAGCCUGGAUCUUGAAAAGGCCAAUAUGUGGUUAGGAACAUUGUUGAUGGAACGGAGUGAUGACAUAUAUCGGAUGAAAGGCCUUUUAUCUGUUGAUGGCAUGCCCGAGAGGUUUGUCUUUCAGGGAGUUCAUGACAUUUUCCAGGGAUCCCCUGAUAGAUCAUGGGGCCCUGAAGAACCUAGGAUCAACAAAAUUGUAUUUAUAGGCAAGAAUCUAAAUGCUCAGGAGCUAGAGAAAGGCUUCAAGGCUUGCUUGUUGUGAUGAUGGCAUCUUGAGAGCUCCAGUCACUGCCUUUAUCUUAUUUCCUUUUUAAGGAUUGUCAUCUAUCGGCGCUGAUCUUCCGAUUUGUGUGCCAGGGCGAGCUACAAAGAAGGAAUGCUGGUGCACUUAGGAGACGAAUAGGUUUUUUCUUUUUUUUUUCAGUCUCCUGUUUUGGAUCUUUCUUGUGAAAAAAAUUAUAAUGUAUGAUACUGGAUAAUGGAUAUAAAAUGCCUUGUUCCUAUGUAAUGCUGAUUUUGUUAAUGACACACAGAUUGUGAAAACCUUUAUUAUCAGAUUAUGAGAUAUUCCAUACUUAAUACUUGUCUUA